GGUGGAAGAAAUUUGUUUCCAACUCAUCUAUUUCUUGAUCAGAACGAUGAGGGCUGAUGAUAUUAUUCGCUUCUCCAAGAUUUAGAGGCGUAAAUUGAUGUUUUUUACGCAUGUAUUUUUCCCAUCCCACUACUUCUCGGUUGUCAACGUGAUACUCUCACAACCGCCCAUCGCUGGCCUCCAGAAUUCUCGCCAAAGCGGCCCGGAUCAGCAUACGGAUUUACCAAGCAACCGGUAAUUCAGAGACCGAGGCCUCUCAUUGAGAGCCGGCGUCUUACUAGCGGAAGGCCCGAGAUAGGGUCUCAGGCUUCCAAACCACAAGUGGCGCAGGGCCAGCGUGGCCAUCCCUGUGCUCCAUCGCCCGACGCUCCGAGGCUCGAAAAUAACGUGAGCGUGGAGAUUCUGAGUGAAACUGAGCGGCCUGCGCUCAAACGGACAGCGAAUCCAAGCCAGUCAAGCAACGAAGAAAUCAUGGUCAGCACACGCCAGAUGCGCAAGCGCAAGACUGAGGAGGACGGAGACGCCGAAGAACCCUCAGCCCGCACAUCCUCCGCUUCCAUUUCCCCUCCCAAACGCCAACGCAAGUUGCCCGUUCGUGCCAAGGACUCGGAGAGGCCGAAUUCUUCCGAGGCCUCGUCCAUCGUGAUAGAAAUCAGAGCCAAGUCAAAGGAAGAUGACGCUCUUGACGAAGCCAGCAACGGCGAAGCAGAUGUCUCGACGGGUGCGGAGAGGCCGAAGCUCGAUCUGGAGGCGAAGGAGGCGAGCGGUGAUGGAGAGCCUCAGCAAGCAGACGUCUCCGGGAACGAGACUUCCGAGGCCAACGUCGAAGUCGAGCUUGAGGGGGACUUUUCUAGCAGCCACUCCGAGGCAAAGCGGCUAGUCGCUACACCGUCCAGAGUCUCUGAGGCUGGGCCGACCAAGUCUUCAGGGCCGGCUCGGUCUCGAAGUCCAGAUGACGGGGAGUCAGACUCGGACUCUGACGACGCGCCUGAAGUCGUCUCGACCAGCAAAGCUGCCGCACAGGUCCUUCGGUCGGCGAAAGCGGCAAAUCGAGCUAUCACCGAGCAAGCAAGGGCGCAGAAGCGGAAGCGGCAGGAACGCAGUGCUUUCCUCCAAGAACAGGCGAAGAGCCGUAAAGCCCAGCAGCCACAGACCCCCGGCGUUAAGUCUGACGUCGGAGACGACCCAGAAGGAGACAUCACCCCACGAACUCAGCUUACUCUCGAGUCCGACGCUGCGGCCUCACGCAGGAAGCGUCUCGCUACGCAGACGACGGUCCCGUCCGUGCUCCCCGCAGAGUAUCUUGAUUCAGAUUCCGACGACUCGGACGCGGAGAUGGAUCCGGAGCACACCGCCAAACCUCGACCCCGCAAGGCCAGGAAAGUUGUAACCGCGCAGCGUAGCCUCGUCCGGGAGGCAAAGAGCACCCUCCCGCGUGACGAGAUGGUCGGGUCCACGCUUUACCGUCCGGCGCCCAAGAAGCAAGACGAACGGUUGGCACCCAAGGGCAGUAAGCAGAGCGCCAACGCUAAGAGAGCCUUGAUGAUUCGGGGUCGGUCCGCUGUGAAGACAAAGAAGGGGUUCUUUAUCAAGUAAUCUGCAGCUCGAGAGGGAAAGGGCAGGCAAGGGAAGUGCGGCUUUGAUGUCACCGUUGAAAGAGCGUCUCAAGGAAUCAAACUAGGUACGGAUACUUUUCUUUACGGCGAAUGCGUGAGAGAACCCAGAUAUUUUAUGGCCCCUUUUCCUGAAAUAUUACCUGAGAAGUCAUGCCUGGGAUGGGGAGGGACCGAAUACUGCGGAUCCGAGGCCUUCAUAAUCCGAUAUUAUAAGACCACUGUUCUUUGUGGAUCUAUGUACCUUACUUACCCACCACCUUUGGGAUCGAAAUCGGAGUCGUACCUCGCUCUGCAUGAGGUUUUAUGGGGGCUCGUUUUCUGUAGCCCUACGAUACGAUAGGAAUGACACUGGAAACAACUGUUUGAAAAGACAGAAAAACAGAAUCCCCCCGACCAACCAAUCUUAUUACGAUUUGGGGAG